CCUGUCCGGGCCACUACAAUAAUCCCCUGCCCAAUCCCGUCUUAGCCGCUGGGGCUGCGCGUCCACGGCGACGCGACCUCUGCGCCGGGCGUGCUCCGAUUGGCCGGACUCCUGGGAUCCUCCCCUCCCCGCGCCCCACCGCAGCCAGCGGGAGAUAGAGGAGGGAGCGGAGGAGACGACGCGCUCGCCUAUUGGCCGCCGCCUCCGGGCGAGCCUCCGCGCCCAGUGAAACAGAACAGCGGCGACCUGGACGACGCGACCGGCGGGGCUGCGAGGGUGACCACCGAGCAUCAUGGAGUCGCGCCCGGGCGGAACGAACCUGGUGGAGCAAAGAGCGCAGGGCGCCGUGCUGCCGUCGGGCGGCGCGGCGAUGCAGCCGUGGUGGACGAGCUCCGGGGCCGGGCUCGGUGCAGUGUCGCCUGCCGUUGUGGCGCCGGGGAGCGGGGCAGGGAUCAGCCUGUCGAGCAGCCCGGUAGGUGGUGGUGGUGGUGGUGGUGGUGCCGGGGCGGCCAAAGGCGCCGCGAGUGACGAGAGCAGCGAGGAUUCACGGAGAUCUGGGGAACCAAAAGAUGGAAGUGCUGGUCAAGAAAAGAACCAUGCCACAUCACAGAUGCCUGCUUUGAUGUCAGAGUAUUUGACACCAUAUUCACAGCUGGAACUGAACCAAUCAAUUGGUUCAGCAGCAUAUCAGUACCCAGAUCCUUACUACGCUGGCAUGAUUCCUCCCUAUGGCACUCAAGCUGUGGCUCAUUUCCAGCUACCAGGAUUAUCCCACUCUCGCAUGCCAUUACCUCUUGAAGUAUCGGAGGAGCCUGUUUAUGUAAAUGCAAAGCAGUACCAUGGAAUUUUAAGACGAAGGCAGUCACGUGCCAAGGCUGAACUUGAGAAAAAGGUGGUCAAAACCAGGAAGCCCUAUCUUCAUGAGUCUCGUCAUCAACACGCAAUGAGAAGGGCAAGAGGAAAUGGGGGACGCUUCCUGAACACAAAGAAAAGUGACAAUGGUACUCCGGAUGGUAAUGCUGAACCUAAGAAAGGAGAUCAAAACUCCGAGCAUCUCCAUGUCCCUCCUGACUUACUACAGCUACGACAGAACGAGGCAUGAACUAGUGGUCUUGCAUCCUAGAACAGUGGUUUCUGCCCGCAGGCACAGGCACUUGAGAGACCGGACACCUGCCCCUGCGUCGCGCUGCCAUCUUAGCGACCUGCCUUGGUUGUGCAAGGCGACCCAAGGCUCGUUCACCUGAAUGAGCUCGGUACCAGGUCCCGGCAGAACGCGAUGCGGGCGCAGGCGCAGGAGUCCGUAGAAGUGUCCAAUGCCAUGGGUAGCUCUGCUGUUUUCAGGCAAUUCAUUCUUGGCUUUCGCAUCCCGCCCCUUGUGUGUAACUGGUGUGUUGUAACUUGUAAGUGCAACUAAUGUUGUGUUCGGUUGCCGGCGUCCUGCGGAACAUCUGUAUGUAUAAUUAAGAUCAACUUCGUAUGGACUCUUUAUUGCUGCGAAUUUGAACUGUAAACAUGGCCAAAGCUGAA